AUGCUUCCUGCUCCUUCCGGUGCAACGUUCGCUCGUGUGGCUUCCGAUACCGGCUCCAUCCGUCGGGUCUCCCCUGCCGACCCUCCCCCGACCGGAAGGCCCCCCAUGGCAUGGCGUCCCGGCCCUGCUCAUCAAGAAGGCUUUGUCCCCGCCUUCAUCCCAGGCACAGGCGAAACAUGGAUUCCACUAGAGCAAGCAAACAAACUCCCUGUCCGCGCAAGAGGGACGGUCAGUCAGCAUGCGUACGCCGUUGCAAAGGAGCCGUCGGAAGUCGACGACGAGUGGCGACAACGUCGCAACGGUGCUUCACCCGGACCGAACCCGUUGAUGCUCACGGACGUUCCUGUCGCCGGACCCAGCGCGAGUACUGUUCACCGCGGUCAGUAUGACGGGCUCCCGGGCUCCUCUAUGACGGGCUCCACGCUCUUCCGCAAUGUGCCUGUGGCCUCGGACCGCACGAUCAUUCAAAGUACCUCGACCGCCCCAGACACGCACUCACGCCCGAUCGCUCGACGAAACUCCACCCGUUCCCAAAUCCAUGGCCCUCUGGCACUCGAGUUAUCCGCCCUUCCCGAGCCCCGUGAAUCUCCGCCUGCCCCUCCAUCCGGUAGUAUGGGUGUGCAGCCCUCACCAGCGAUGUCGUGGGGCACAGUGCCGAGCAACCCAACGAGGAACUCCAGCCUGGCCAACCUCAACCUCCAAGGCCUCCCAGAUCCAGAUCCUUUCCCCCGUCCAAUCGACUCUGCGGAACAAUUCCCUGUCGGGGAGCACCUCGGAGGCCCCAUCGUCCUCAUUCCUGGCGUCACUCCCUAUCACACCGACGCUUUCCUCCUUCCCGGCGGUAAUAUGUCCGUCUCUGGCCAUUCUGAUUCGUCUCACGGUGGAGGGCUGGGGAUCGGGCUCAGUGCAAGCGCUGGUAGUUCUGGAGUCAUCACAAGCUUGCGCGAUCUAGAGGAGGUCAACCGCUCUCUCCAGCAACUUUCGGCCGCGCAAGCUAGGGAAGAACAGGAGGAUGCUCACAGCCUGUCGUCCCGGAGCUCUCGAUCCAGCCGCCACUCGCGACAGGUGUCGUUCAGUGAGGUUGAAGACAUGGAUAGCCCGAUUGUCCCGCGCAUUGGCAUUCCGAUCUACAGCUUUGCCCCCGCAAGUGCGCACGCGAGCCAGCGUGCCUCCAACGACCCUUCCCCGCCGGAUCCGUCCCCACCUGUCCCGUCACCGCCGCGCAGCCGCGCCUCCAAUCGUCACGGCGAGAGCGUGUCCGGCAUCUCCAGCAACCACAAUUCGUACAACAAUGUCUCCCAUCGCCCCUCUGAAUCAACACGCCGUCGCUCUCGAAGAGGCUCCUUGGCCCUUCUCAGCACCUUCCCUACCGACCCAUCGCCGUCGUGGAAUCCCGCACCCCUAGAUAUCUCCAUAUCCACAUCUUCCCAGGGGCCGUAUAGGUCGGCCGCACCUUCGCAGAAGAGCCAGGAUUCGAUCCCCCGCGCUUUCGGCUCCUCGCUCGAAAUCCCCAGCCUCCCUAACGCCAUCCCUGGGAGCAUGAGCUCCCUGCUCCUCAACUUUGGACCAGAGAACAACACUUCCGCAGUUGACGCAGACGGCGAGGAGGCCGCUGGGAUUCACGCGCCUCGGCCAGUCAGUGGGCGACGCUCCAGCUUCUUCGGCAAUGCUUGGGGCGCCAGAAGUUCUCGGUGA